AUGGUAACAACUAAUUCGUGGCGAGUUGGUCCGGGAAAGGUCGUCAUGAUGGCCAUAAUAAUAAAUGGUCUCAACGUUGUGGCCAAGGCGAUGGCUUGGUGGUACACCGGUUCAAAGAGCAUGUUCUCCGAAAUGAUGCACUCAAUAGCCGAUACGCUUAAUCAGGUUAUUCUUGCCUACGGUCUCCGCUCUUCCCUCCAGCAGCCUGACGUGGAUCAUCCCUACGGUUACUCGCGGAUGCGGUGCAUCUCCUCACUGAUAAGUGGGGUGGGGAUCUUUUUUCUCGGUUCGGGUUUCACUUUUUAUCACGCGUUGCAGGGCAUGGUGAUGCCUCUGGGGCUGGAGUAUACCUCAAUGUACGGCGCUAUUGGGGUCGCACUGGGCUCCCUUAUAACGGAAGGCUCGACUCUGCUGGUCGCCUAUAAAGAAGUGAGGCGGAAGACAAAGGAGAACGGGUUUGAGUCGAUUCAAGCCUACCUCCUCUCCGGCACUGCCGACCCAAGCACCGCAGUGGUCCUCCUCGAGGACUCUGCUGCCGUCCUAGGCGUCCUCGUUGCCGGUGCUGCUCUCUCCGCUUCCGUCCUCACUGGCACUGCUUGGCCUGACACCCUUGGGGGUGUCGCUAUCAGUGGCAUCCUGGCUGUUGUCGCCGGUUUCAUCAUUCGCACCAACUCUGACAUCCUCAUUGGCAAAUCCAUAUCAUUGGAGAGGCAGGAGAGGAUAAUGCGCUUCAUUGAUAAUGCAAAGAUCAUCCGGGGCACCUACGACACCAAGGCAAUGCUGAUGGGCGGUGACAAUGCCAUCCGACUAAAGGCCGAGGUGGACAUUGACGGUCGCGAGUUGACUCGUAGGUACCUGGAAACCAUGCCGCUAGGCACGCUUUUGGCGGAAAUCCAAGCCAUCAAUACGGAGGAGCAGCUGAUACAUUUCAUGCUGGACCAUGGGGACCAACUGGUAAAUACCCUUGGUGCUGAGAUAAACCAAAUUGAAGAUAGUCUAAAGAGAGAAUUCCCCGAUAUAAAGCACAUAGAUAUUGAAAUCAACUGA